GUUAAAAGCCUGCAAUACAGAAGCAUUCAAAAUAUCUAAGGAGAGACACACUCACGUUUCAUUCUAAUAAUGGAUAACUUAAAUGGCUUGACUGUGCUGGUUUGCUCGGUAGUAACGUUAGCUAUGUGAAGAAAAUGACCCUGUAGACAAGUUUAUUUUGAAAGGGUCUGAUAGUUGGAAGACGGAAGUGUUGCUUCGGCCUAGCGCGAAUUUUCCCCACAGUCUCAAGCUUGUCAGCCUCUUCAUAGCCGUUUACGAUAAUUCAUGUCUCUUGGUGGAGAUCUAAUGGAAGGUGAUCUAGAAGAUGGGGAGAUUUCCGGCUCGGACACCGAGAUGGGAACCGCCGCAGCGCCAGUUCGACCCCAGGUUCCUCCAGCUUUUGGCGGCCAGUCCUUCCAUGACAGAGCCGCUGCCCAACAUUCUGCCGCCGCCUACCGCAGCACUGGUAGGACGGUGGAGUCCAGCGACAGUGACGCCGACUCGUCGGACGAGGAGGCGGCUCUUUGGAGACGGAAGCGGCAGAAAGUAUCUAGCGUCCCCAAGCGGCCUACCUGCACCAGCCGGUCCGAGCCGAUCUGCGUGCCCGUCCCCGCCGCGCUGGGAGGCCGCAAGGUGAACAACAUCUGGGGCUCUGUGGUCCAGGAGCAGUGUCAGGAUGCCGUUGCUUCUGAGCUGGGCAUAUUUGGCAUGGAGGGUGAAGUGAGUAUGUCCAGCAGAAAUGUGGAGACGUAUAACUUUGUCCUGGCCCGUAAGAUAAUGGAGAAGGAGAGGGAGCUGGAGAGACAGGCAAAUAAUGGAGGAGAGGUGAGCAUGCUGGAUGCCCAGCUGGAGGAUUACAUGAAGGGCCGCAACUCGGAGGAGAGUGCCGGAGGAGAUGCCAAGAGGAAGAGACCAGCUAAAGAGAGACUGGGCCCCAUGGCAGAAAUGGACAUCAAGGGGCGGUAUGAGAUCACUGAGGACGACCCUGAGGAUAGGGUGACAGAUGAGAUAGCACACAGGCUGCAAGAGCCAAAAAAAGACCUUAUAGUGCGCAUUGUCAAAAUCAUUGGGAAAAAAAAAGCCAUAGAGCUGCUUGGAGAGACGGCCACACUGGAAGAGAGCGGGGGGGUUUACACUAUGGAUGGAAGCAGGAGAAGGACACCCGGUGGGGUGUAUCUCAACCUGCUGAAGAACACACCCAGCAUCAGUAAGUCCCAAGUCCGGAAGGUGUUCUCUGAGGAACACGAGAAAGAGUGCAAAAGCAAGAAGGCCGCCCAGAAGAGGAGGCGCCAUAUGGUGGCUAAGAAGAUGAAGCAGGCAAUCGGCACACUCAACCUGCAGGAGCAUGACGAUGUCUCCAGGGAGACGUUCGCCAGUGACACUAAUGAGGCCUUGGAGUCAUUGGAGGAAGAGGAGGAAGCGGAAGCUGCUGUGGGCACUGAGGAGACUGCAGCUGUGGUCUACAACUCUGGUGACCUGGAGGUCUUUUGAGGGAUGCCUGCUGUCUAAACAAAGACAGCAGGCAAAUGAUGCCACUUAUCUUAAUGCACUGCAUAAGUACUGUCUCUACAAGGUACAGAAUCUCAGCAGCGUGAUUUUAUUUUUUUCUCCUAUUCAAGGACUGCUUAUGUUGAUGUCCUUAGGAAUAUUGAUUUUGUUCUAUACAGCAUGUUUUUGUAGCUUUUGGCACGUAUUAACACUGAUUUAUGAUACAAUAGUCGUUUGCCUUUAAAUCAAGUUCUUAACCAUCAUUAACUUAAGUUCCUGGAACAUAACAGUGAAGCACUAUUGUUGGUUUUCAGGAAUAGAUAUUCUUUUGUUCAAUUUAGGUUUAAUUCGGAUAUUAUGGCAUCUUGAUUUAUUCAAAUAAUGUGUGAAGCAUAAAUAAAGACAACUGGAGUACAA